AUGGAUAUGUCCAACGUCAGGGUUGCAGCUCUUGUAGUCUUAAGUUUACUGGAAAUAUUAUUUUUCGGUGGGAUGCAGUAUGGAUGGUUUGCCUUUGCUUUCAUCCUUAAACAAGAAGGUGUAUUUAGAAAUCUGUGUGUUCUCAAAGACAACGCUAUGGAAUCUAAUGCAAGCUUUGGAAAUGGGACUCUUGGAGUUGUUGAUUGUUUUCCCCAAGAUGAACAGUUCAAUUUGAUUUUUAGUAUUGGAGUAGCUGUCUUUUCGUCAUUGACAUUUGUAAGUGGACAAUUGUUCUUGUCCUUCGACAUCAAAAGGAUACGGACUUUAUGUAUAUCAUUGGGACUCGCGGGAAUUCUUUGUUUCGCUCUCAUAUCACAAGAUAACCCGUGGUUGUCCCUUCCAGGAAUAAUGCUGACGGGUUUGGCAGGUCAGGCUUUGAUGAUAGCUGAUUAUGUACAGGUACUACCACUACUACGUAAAAGGUCACCCAUUUACAUCGGCCUGAUAAAUGGGUGUAUGGACUCUUCUGUUCUGACAAUGAUGAUAGUAAAGCGUUUGCAUGAAGACGGAGUGGAUAAGAAAUUCUCGCUCAUUGGUUUCGCCACCUUGUUUGUCCUGAUAGCAGGCACUUGUACCCUUCUCUAUCCAAUGCCACAACAAAGGGAGGUAACCGAGGACGAAGAAGAAAAGCAUGAACGGGAUUUCUUGAAAGAAGCUAAGGAUGAAGCAAAGGAAGAUAUGAAUUUGGUUCAGCAAACAACACGAAAUGGGACGAAGGAGAAGCGUCUUGCCGGGGAUGCAGAUCUACCUUCCGGUGACAUGUUGAAUAAGAGCAUCGUUGAAAUCCUCUGCCAUCGCCUCUUCAUUUCCCAUGUCGUAUGGACAAGUAUUGUUCUUUUGAAAAUCUUCUACUUCCUUGGGUCAGCAAACAGAUUGAUGGGUCAGAUUCUCGAGGAUUACACUGAAGUAAGCUAUUUUACCGAUGUCAUGACCUUAACCAUGCUUGGAAGUUUGGUCUCGUCUUUCAUCGCCGGAUAUACAAUACAUGUGGGGGAGAAAAUGUUUACUGGUGUCUUGAGGACAGUGAUUCCACUUGUAACGGCAUCAGGUUUAGCCAUUCUGUUGUCUGUGCUAGAAUUUGUAUCCACACCAACAGCCUUGUAUGCCGAUUUCGUCGUGUUAACCUUUCUUCGAUCCUUCGUCUAUUGUGCCAAUAUUCAGUACAUCAGAACUACGUUCCCUUUUAAGUAUGUCAGUAUCGUAUAUGGUGUGACCUUCUCGAUUUCUGGGAUGUUGACUUUGAGUCAGUAUGGCCUAUUCGCAUGGACAGAGGAAUACAAUGGAGCUAUGACACAUGUGAGGCUGUUCCUGCUGUUUGUAUCAAGUGUUUCCCUGCUUCACCCUGUCCUUGUUUUCUACAAUCAAAGACGUCGUCGAUAG